AUCUCGGAAGAGGAAGCAAAGAAGUCUGCGCCAUUGGUGGCUCUUCAUCACAGACUUGGGCUGCCAACCAGUUUCUCGCUGAGCACAUUGGCCAGAUGUCUUACAUGUCGCUCUGCGAAGACGCCAUAUGAGGACAACUAUGCGUUGAAUAUCCUCGGUAAGAACUUCUUGUCCUACUACACAACUGAAUACCUCUUGGGCCAGUACCCAAGAUUGCCAAUUCCUAUUCUCAACGCUGCCGUGUCCUCGUAUGUCUCGUCCCUGUCACUGUUGAGUGUUGGUAAGGACUCAUGGGGUAUUGACAUUGAUGGUACUCCAUCACUACAGAAGAUCCUCAACGAGGAGCCAAAGGAGUACAGUCUGGGUAAGUUGAGAUUCGUUCCAGUGGACCCUCGUUCUGAAAGAGGUGUCACCAAGCUCACUGGUGCUCCAGGCGAGUUGAGUACCCACAACGCAUACUCCCUUGCUGUGAGAUCCAUCAUUGGUGCUCAUUACUUGUCCACGAAGGAUGAGUCAACCACAAAGGAGUUUAUCUAUCAGCACAUCUUGUCCAGAAAGCUGGACAUUUCAACGAUGUUUGAGUUCGAACAGCCAACCCGUGAGCUGUCCACGCUCUGUAAAAGAGAGAACUUGGAACAGCCAGUGGCCAGAUUACUUGCUGAGAACGGUAGAUCGUCAAACUCCCCAGUCUACGUUGUUGGUGUGUUUAGCGGUGAACAGAAACUGGGUGAAAGUUAUGGCUCUUCCCUGAAAGAGGCCAAAAUUAGAGCCUCUGUCAACGCCUUGAAGAACUGGUACUUGUACAAGCCGGUCACGGUUUCGGUACCGAGCGAUGCUGACUACAAACCAGGUGUUGUCGAUCACGGUAUCGUCAUUGUC